AUGCCUGAUGAGGUGAUCAACCGCGUCCACAUCAUUGCACGCCGCAACAAGGCAUCAGGUACCCUCACUUUCGCUUUUCGUGAUGGAGUGAAUGACGACAACAACCACAACAACAAUGACGACAGCGAUAACGACGACGAUCGCGAUGACCAAAACAAUGACAUGUCCCAGAACCAAGACAAUCAACACCGCAACCCACCCGGAGAACAACAACAGGAACCAGACGACGAACAGGAUGAGAACGAGGAACAAAUUUAG